AUGCUCACCGCCACUAUCAUUUCAGCCUUCCUGGCCACGGCUCAGGCCGCAGUCCUGCCUCGAGCGACGACCUACACCGUCACUGUUGGCGCUCUUGGCUCAUGGGGAAACCCUGACGACACCCCGGCCGCGUCGUACAUUGACAAGGACGGCAAGUACUACUAUCAGUCCGCGCACGCGCUGUACGGCGCCAACGAUGGCCGUUCGUGGUCGUUCUUCUCUGGGUCGACCAUGGACGACGCUACCAAGAUUGCAAUCAGCACCGCUGCCAACCCUGCCAACCCGCUGGACUCCAACGGAGACACCACCUGGCGGUGCAACAACAGUCCUACUGGCAAAAAGGCCACAAAGGCCGCCGGGAGCACCAGCUACGCGCAGGCCAACUACUGCGACUUGGCUGGAGUCUGGGUUGACCCCGACACUGGCGACUGGUACGGUCUUGUCCACAACGAGUUUACUCCCCAGCCCUUUGGCGACGGGCUGCACUACGACUCUAUCGACGUGACCGUGUCCCGCGACCAAGGCAAGACCUGGACCAUCACCGACCAAGCGAUCACAAGCCCCUACAGCACUGUCCGUGCCGACACCACCAGCUUCCCCGGGCAGACCUAUUACUACGGCGACGGCGACCCGCGUAUCCACGUCGACAUUAGCUCGGGCUAUUUCUACGUGUGGUAUGGAUCCCGCGUGGUCAACAAGGGAGGCUACGGUGGUAGUUGGGUUGCUUUCCACGAGCACGUUGCUCGUGCUCCCAUCAGCGGCAAGAUGGCAGCUGGCACUUGGCAAAAGUUCUACAACGGCGGCUGGACCGAGGCAGGCCUUGGAGGCAAGGAGUCCAACCUCGUCCCCACGAGCCAGAGUGCCGUGGGAUACACCCCUCCCGCCAAAGAGUACAACCCGUUGACCCAAGGUACUGCUCAGCAGCAGAUCGCCAACGGCCAGGCCCCUGCCACCUCGCCUCUCUUCGUCAUGGACGUCAGCUACAAUGCCUACCUCGGUAUCUGGAUCGCCGAGCCACAGGCCGUGGACCAGAGCGGCAACGCUCCUCAGGAGAUCUACUACACGACCAACCUCGAGACCCAGCAGUGGACACUCCUGGGCAACACGGGAAGCUACCACACGGCAUCGUGGUACCGCUGGUUCCUGGACUCUACCAGCAAGACCAGUUCUGCCAUCGUGGGCAAGUCGUUCAGGGCGUACUGCUCGUUCGGAUGCUCGGGUGGCAAGAGCUCCGAGUACGUCAACAUUGCCAUCGAGUCGAGCAACCCGUUCCAGGCCAUCGACACCACCAAGUCGUACACCAUCGGUGCGGCCGGUGCCUUCCUUACCGACAGCGCUUCCAAGGCCACGUCGGCUGCCGCUGGCGCCAAGUACACCUUCAAGGCCACGGGCGACGGCGCAUACACCAUCCAGAACGCCUCGGGAGGCUUCCUUGGCGUCGCGUCAACCACCACCGCCACUCGCGCGUGGGGUACCGUCCCGGCCAUCUCGACCGGCUCUGCAGGCGUUGGCCAGCAGUGGUGGGUCAUCCAGUCCAAGGGCGGCGCCACGUUCCGUCUCGUCAACCGCUACUCUGGUCUUGUCCUCGCUCUUUCUGGCACCCAAGGACGGCUCGCCGAGACCACACCCGCUCGCAGCUGGGACAGCAACGGGUCCGGUGUCGGCGGUGGUCGCAAGGCCGCGGAGCAGGAGCUGGUGUUGACUGCCGCAUAA